AUGGGGGCGCGACAACGCGCCCAGGUGCGCAUGAGAAAAUCAAAAGCUGGGCAGAAUAUGAAUACUUCUCAAUGGUCCCAAAAUCAACCAGGUUCCUCUACGAAGAUCCACACUUUUGAUGCCCAUGACCGACAACGAGCACUCCUCCAGGACUGGCAAGAUUUUGCCGAUUCGCAUUGGUCAAAUUCUCAAACUGGCCUUUACAGCAUGGGCCAGGAGGCUCGCAAUACCGAGCGCCACGGCAUGGUCUGGGGCUCCACCAGAUUGAGAGACCGAGGCAUUGCCUUUGUCAGUGCAGGAAAUCUGGUGAGAGAAGAGAUGGUCGUGAAUGAGAAAGAAAAGGACAAUAAGCAGGAAGGUCCAAAUGAGACAUCAGUAACCUUGCUUUCGCCGAACGCUGAGCAGCGAGAACCUACCAAGACCGUUGAACCAGCAGUGGCUGUUGACAAUGAGGAAUUACGAUUUACUCCACCGACCGACAUUCCCACGGUCACCGUUGCCCGGCACAAUCCUUCGCCUCGGAGAGAUUCGGUAUCAUCGCAGUCGUCAGAGGAAAUUAUCUUUUGUGGUCGACAAAAUCCCACACCAAAUGCCACUUCCAAUGUCAACCUCGCGUCUACACAUUCUCUUACGCCUGGGCCUCUGAGUCCCAUUGCUACAUCCCAGACCAGUGAAAGCGUUCCCCGUGCCACUAGUCAACGCUCUACGUCCUCCGAAGCGCCUAAACAUACCAGAGCUCCACCUCGGCAGCGAGCUCGUGGACGACGGGGAAAGCCACGAACCAGAGACCAGGACCGAGACGAGGAAGAGGAAAUCAUGAACGACUACAUUGCUCAUUUGGCAGUGGAGGAUGACACGUGUGACGAUGGAGACAAUGAAAAUUCGCAAGAGAUUGGCAGGAACAGUGAACAUUACAGAUUCUUUGAUGGUUCUGCAGAGGCAAACGUUAAGGUCCAGACGAAGCCGCCGGAUGACUACAUUCCAAAGGUCGAGCAUUAUGACCAAGCCAUUGAUUGGGACUCGGCCGAUUUGGACGAUUUGGACGAUUUGAGCACCACCGACGAAGAAGUUGUCGAGGUCAGCCAGGUUCUACGACAUCGGACUCGUCCCAGCGGGUCACAGUAUCUUGUCGUUGCGGCUGGACAAGGUGCAAGCGAUGCACGUUGGGUCCUUGAGAAAAAACUCCAGUCCAUCUCGGCUGUUGAGGAGAUUCGCAUCUUUCAGGCUCUUCGAACCAUGAGAAUUCAAGAGACUCUAGAGGAAUCGGAUUCAGAGUCUGAGCCCGACGAAGCUUUUGAUGACUUGAUUGUUGACAUUGGGUCAGAAGACGAUGAGAAUGCCCGGAUCUUGAAGUACACUUCACGUAUGACUGACGAGCAGAUUGCUCGGGCAUUGGCAAAGCAAGAGGAGUUAGGCUUGGGAGGAGACGAAUUGGUCCUGUUCGACGGUCGAGUUGAUGAUGACGACGACGACGACGAAUUUGAAGCCGAGGACGAUUACAUUCCUUUCUCCACGAAGAAGCACCUUUCUAGUCGGGGUAAGUCGAACCGUAACAGACGGGGCGGGGAAUCCUUUCCACCUGCUGAGGCAUUUGCCGAUGCCCUGGAGCAGGACCCCUAUGGUGCAUUCGAUAUUAUGGAUUUUGAUCGACCUAGUCUCCGUCCGAAGAAGAAGGGCCGCAGGUCGGAUUUCCCAUUUGACCUUGAAUUGGAGGAUGAGGAAUUGGCAGAACACUUACGCAGCGUCUGGAUGAAGGAUAGGGAAAAGAAAGCUGCCAGGAAGCGUGAAAGGCUGGAGAAACGAGAGGCUGCUCUGCUUGAGGCGGCCGAUCGUAGUAAUCCAGUCGUGAUCAAGGCUGAGAUCAGACAGUUCCUGACAGAUGAAACCGAUGAACUGAAGCUGGCACCUAUGGACUCCGCGACUCGAGCUUCGGUCCAUCGGCUGGCGAAGUCAUUGAAGUUGCACUCGCACUCUGAAGGCAGGGAAGGUCAUGGUAUUGGCCGAUAUCCCGUGCUGAAGAAAACUCCACGCACUCCUCGCUACACCGUCGACACUGUCUGGGAAAUCGAUUCUCUGAUGAGUACGAAGAAGUUCUUCCCCAAGCAAGGUGGCGGCUCAUACAGAGGUGCAAAUGCUACUCGAAAAGCUGGUGCUACGAAAACACGUCGAGGCGAUGGCGGUGGAGGAGCAAUCUCAGGUGCGGCAUACGUGAAUGGCGAAAUCGUGGGUGCAUCUGCUCCUGAAAUCGGUGCCGACAAUAAAGGUCGAGCUAUGUUGGAAAAGAUGGGCUGGACCAGUGGUAUGGGCAUUGGGGCUGUCGGUAACAAAGGUGGUCUCGAGGCUAUCAAACAUGUGGUGAAGACCACUAGGGCUGGUCUAGGCUGA